AUGCCGCAUUUUGUUGUCAUAUUGAGACAAGAUGCUAGAUUUACAGCACACUCAGCCAAGGAAUUCCGACGGCAGUACAAUGUUCUGGAAGAAAUUGGUCGUGGCGGUUUUGGUAUAGUCUAUCGAGCUGUACGAAUAGCUGAUAAUUUGCCAGUGGCAGUGAAAUUUGUAGAGCACAAACAUGUUAGAGAGUGGACUAUGACGUGCAAUCAAUUAAUACCAUCUGAAGUGUGCCAUCUGGAAACAUGCAAAGAUGUUCCAGGUGUUAUCCGGUUAAUAGAUUGGUUUGCAAACUCAAAAGGAUUUCUAAUCGUUAUGGAGCGACCGGAAAAUUGCAUGGAUAUUUUUGAUUUGAUAUCCACCUAUGGCAGACUAGAUGAAGACACUGCACGGGCGCUUUUUAUUCAAGUAGUAGAUUCAGUAUGCACAAUGUACGUUAAGCAUGGACUUAUCCAUCGAGAUAUCAAGGAUGAAAAUGUGAUUGUAAAUAUGACGACUGGCGAAGUGAAGCUUGUCGAUUUUGGAGCUACAGCAUCUGCUGAAAAAGCCAUGAAAAAGGAGUUUCAAGGAACUCGAUCCUACUGUCCACCAGAGUGGUUCCGACAACUACAGUAUCUCCCGCUCGAAGCCACUAGCUGGUCAUUAGGAGUUCUGCUCUACAUACUCGUAACCGGACAGCUUCCCUUCCGAAAUGAAAUUCAAAUUUGUCUUGGACGAGUGAAAUUUCCGUCCUAUGUGUCCAAAGAAUGCUGUCAACUGAUCAAGUCAUGUCUAACCACAGCUGCUGGAUCGCGGGCGUCAUUAACGGCGAUACGGCAGCAUCCAUGGUUGAAUAAGAAAAUACCCAUCCACACAGAA